UUAUGUACGGGCAAUCGAUUUGUUUUGUAGAGGACUAUGCCUAUCUUUUCACUUCUCUUUCUCAUGAUAGGUUCACGGUAUUGUAAAGCAGAAAAUUCGCCUCUUGUUCUAGUACCUGGUCUGCUGGGCAGUCAGUUGGAGGCGAAACUAGACAGAUCGAGCGUAAUUCACAGUUACUGUGAUAAGAAAAGUAGUUGGUAUACACUUUGGUUGAGUGUGGAGGAGCUAGUACCUUUUGUAAUCAACUGUUUCGUUGACAAUUCAAGGUUGGUUUACAACAAUAAAACAAGCAAUUUCAGCAAUGUCCCAGGAGUUUCAAUUCGAGUCCCUGGAUUUGGCAACACGUCGACUAUUGAAUACUUGGAUCCUUCAGUUGAAGGCAGUGGAGUGGGAGAUUAUUUUAACAAACUUGUGAGUGCAAUGAAGACAAUAGGUUACAAACCUGGCAUCUCAAUAAGAGGAGCACCCUAUGACUGGAGACAAGCACCGCAGUUUAUGCCACAGUUAUACACCAACUUGCAGCAUCUCAUAGAAGAAACUUACAGCCUAAACAACAAGAAGAAAAUUGUGUUGCUUUCCCACAGUCUUGGAUGUCUUCACACUCUUUACUUUCUUACCCAUGCUGUCUCAUCUCAAUGGAAAGCACAGUAUCUCAGAUUCUGGAUUCCAAUUGCUGGUCCUUGGGCAGGAAGUGCCCAGUUAUUGAAGAGUUUUGCAUCAGGAGGCAAUGAAGACAUUGUAUUUGUUGAUCCUCUUACUGUUCGACCGCAACAGAGGUCAUUUCCAUCAACAGCAUGGUUGGUACCAACACCAUCAGUAUGGAAUAAAUCCCCAGUCAUUAUCACUCCAAACCGGAACUUUACAGUUACCGAGUAUCAUGACUUCUUUCAAGCUGUUGGCUAUCCUUUUGGAGAGGUUAUGGUAAACAUGGUAUCAAACAUUACUCAGUCUCUACCAUUGCCUGGUGUUCCAGUAUACUGUGUGCAUGGCUACAAUGUGAGCACUCCAAGUCAGUUUGUUUAUGACGAUCAGUUUCCAAACUCUCAGCCAACAAUACUAAAUGGAAACGGCGAUGGGACCGUCAAUCUAGAGAGUCUUGUGUUGUGUAAGAACUGGGAAAGGAAACAGAAAGGUAAGGUGAUUGUCACCGUUGUCCCAAAUGUCAAACAUUUUGAUCUUGUCUCCAAUGAUGAUGUCAUUAAGUAUGUCCAAACAUUGGUAAAACUAUAACAUCUCUACUAAAAGAUAUUCAUUACGUUUACAGUAGUUUUUCAUGAAUGUGUUGCCGUAGUUGAAAGCUGUGCACUACCUUGGAGUAUGAAGAUACAGAAGCCGUGUGUUUAUGCUUUGCACUUGUGUUAAUUAAACCAGACCAUG